GUAAAUCAGCUGUCAUAAAUUUUUUUCUUUCGAUGUGGGUAUUGAAUUGUUUUAGUAUGAUUUUUUAGACAAAAAAACCAAAAAUUGAAAUUGUUAAUAUAUUUAAAUCUAAAAAUAAAUCCUAUAAAAUAAAAGUUUUCUCUCUAUUAUAAUUGCCUUGGUUUGUAAUAAUUAUCCAAAUGCAUAUGCGAAUAUUAGGAAGAUUUGCGACAAAAUGGCACAGUAUAUCGAGAGGCUUUGCUACAAAACCUUCAGUGCCACGAAUUGACGAAGUGGGAAGUGGCACGGGUAUUGGAAAAAUUACGGGUGGCUUAAGAAAUAAUCUUGACGGAUCUUAUACUAUUAACACGCCUUCUACAGAAAUUGUAACUAAGCUGCCUCCUUUGACGGAUGCCUUACCUGAUUUACCUGAAGUUGAAUACGCGCAACCUUUGGUGGAAAGUAAUUCGGCGACCGUGACCACUUUAAAAAAUGGUUUGCGCGUGGCUUCAGAAGCAAGGUUUGGACAAUUUUGUACAGUGGGUUUGGUAAUAGACUCAGGGCCGCGAUAUGAGGUCACUUAUCCCGGUGGUAUUUCGCAUUUCCUGGAAAAAUUGGCUUUUAACUCUACCAAAAAUUUUCCUGAUAAAGAUGCCAUACUAAAGGAGUUGGAGAGAAAUGGUGGCAUUUGUGAUUGCCAAUGUUCUCGGGAUACAUUGAUAUAUGCAGCCAGCAUUGAUAGUCGUGCCAUCGAAUCGGUAACUCGCCUUUUAGCUGAUGUUACUUUGCGUCCAACUCUUCAGGAAGAAGAAGUAUCGUUAGCUCGGCGAGCCAUACAAUUCGAAUUGGAGACAUUGGGAAUGCGUCCAGAGCAAGAGUCUAUUCUUAUGGAUAUGAUUCAUGCGGCUGCCUAUAGAGAAAACACAUUGGGAUUGCCUAAGCUUUGUCCCGUGAAAAAUCUUGGUGCCAUAAAUCGUGACGUUAUAGUAAAUUAUUUGAAGAAUCAUCACACCCCUGAACGUAUGGUUAUUGCGGGAGUUGGCGUUGACCACGAAGAGCUGGUUGAAAAUGUUGAAAAUUUUUUUGUAAAAGAACCCGCUGUAUGGGAAAGUGAGGAAGGAGAAUAUGGCGCAGAGGUUGAUAAGUCGGUGGCUCAGUACACUGGCGGUCUUUGCAAGGAGCAAUGCGAAAUACCUAUUUACGCCGCUGCAGGUCUACCUGAGCUAGCUCAUGUGGUAAUCGGUCUGGAAGGGUGCUCCCAUCAAGAUCCUGACUUUGUGCCAUUAUGCGUUCUGAAUAUAAUGAUGGGAGGGGGCGGAUCCUUUUCUGCCGGUGGUCCCGGUAAAGGCAUGUACUCCCGACUAUACACAAAUGUGCUUAAUCGUUACCACUGGAUGUAUAGUGCUACGGCUUAUAACCAUUCAUAUAUCGAUUCCGGUCUGUUUUGCAUACAUGCAAGCGCGCCCCCCAACAAUGUCAAGGACAUGGUUGAAGUGGUGACACGAGAAAUGGUUAACAUGGCCUCUAGUCCAGGACGCGAAGAAUUGAGUCGUUCAAAAAUACAAUUACAGUCCAUGCUGUUAAUGAAUUUAGAAUCGCGACCAGUGGUAUUUGAAGAUGUUGGUCGACAAGUCUUGGCCACCGGACAUCGUAAACGCCCAGAUCAUUUUAUCGAUGAGAUAGAAAGAGUCAAAGCCAGUGAUAUUCAACGUGUAGCCAAACGCGUACUAGCAACCCCCGUCUCUGUAGCUGCACGGGGUGACAUUGGAAGUUUGCCCGAAAUUAAAGAAAUACAAAAUGCAUUACUUCAAGACGGUCGGCUGUCUAACCGCAGAUUAUCCCUAUUUAAAUAAUUUUUUAUUCAGUAUAGCGCUUUGUGCCGCUGUAUGAUGCUCGAUUAAAUACUUUUACGAAGUGUAGUUUAGUGAAUUGUAGUAUGAGCUGUCACUUCCUGUAUAUAUUGAUGGCUUUUCAAAUUUAAGUUCGACAUAACCUUUUCAGUUUUUUGUAUAAGCAAACUUUUAUUCUUAGUUGCUUUAUUUGGAAUUUUUUAUAUGGGGCAAAUCCUGCAUCAUCAAUAAAUUAGAGUUGUAAUCUUGAUUAAUUAUAA